ACCCAGAGACGGAGACCCCUCCCAUUCCCAUUCCCAUUCCCCUUCUAAACCCCUCCUCCUCCCCUCCGUCGUCGUCUGCUACUUCUUCCAGCACCUGUCCAUCCGUCCAUAUAUCGUUUGCUCCGCCGCUCCGCUUCCACGCACACCAACCGCCUGCUUUGCUCUUCGAUUCCCCCGAGGCCCAAUCGGCAAAGAAAACCCCUCUUCUUCUUCUUCUUCUUCUUGAGAAAGUGCGCGGCCAUGGCGAUCGACCACGAGUCCCCGUUCAAGGAGCUCCGCCUCAAGAACAGGAGGAUCAUGGGAGGCGGCGCCCCUGAGCCAGACGAAGACGAGACCGAGACGCAGGCGCAGGUGGCGGCGCACGGGGACGAACACCAGCAGCAGUGGCCGCGGUGGCUGCGCCCGCUGCUCUCGGCGCGCUUCUUCGCGCAAUGCAAGACGCACGUCGACUCGCACCGCAGCGGCGAGUGCAACAUGUUCUGCCUCGACUGCGCCGCGGGGGCCGCCGCCGGCGCCGCCGCGCUCUGCUCGCUCUGCCUCGCGCACGCGCACCGCGGCCACCAUACCAUCCAGAUCCGCCGCUCCUCCUACCACGACGUCAUCCGGGUCUCCGACAUCCAGCGCUUCAUGGACAUCGCGGGCGUGCAGACCUACGUCAUCAACAGCGCGCGCGUCGUCUUCCUCAACGAGCGGCCGCAGCAGAAGCAGACCGGCAAGUCUGCCGGCGGCGGGGGCGGCGGAGGGAGCGCCAACCUCUGCGAGGUCUGCAGCCGCAGCCUCCUCGACAACUUCCGCUUCUGCUCCCUCGGCUGCAAGAUCGCUGGCUGCUCCUCCGACGCCGGCGGCGCCAAGGCGCGGACCAACAGGCUCGGCCGCACCAAGGGCUCCUCCGAAUCGGAGGCGGCAUCCUCCUCCUCUUCCCUGCGCAAUGCCGCCAACCACAGCUUCACGCCGUCCACCCCGCCCCCGCCGCCUCCUCCCGCGGCCAAGCGCCGCAAGGGCAUCCCGCACCGGGCACCCUUCGGCAACCUCAUCGUCGACUACUAGCUAGCCACCUGCAGCCAUUGGCAAUCCACAUGCCCAGUUGCAGCAACGGAGUGAAUGGAAUGACAAUGCGGCCACCACUUCGGUGGCCGCCAUUGCCUUUGGUGGUGCUUCUCGAUGUGGAUUCCACCAUUAGCUAGCUAGCCUUUCAGUCAGGAACAAAGCAAAGCAGGCAGGCAGCAAAGGUUGGAUGCAUGGACACACAACUGAGAAAGUACCACCACCCUUUUCUUACUGCUUAAUCAUCAUCACCACCAUCACUAGGACAGAAAGAAAUAUUGUUACAUUACAGAGAGAUUACUGUAUAUGAUUAUGGUCCUGCUCUAUUACUUCUUCUAUACUAUUAGACUUCAGUUUUGUGAUGUUUUUAGGCAAUAAGCAAUGCAGCUGUAAGCUAGCUAGAGUAUCUGCAUUUGCCACUUGUUAAUCAAGUUUUGUGAUGAAUGGCUGUGGUUAAUCAGUAGUGCUUUCUUCACCUGUAAAUAUGGUUUGCUAGAAGAGGAUGACUGCUUGUUGAUUAA